AUGUCCGACGAGCGCCUAAGUAGAGCCCAUGGAGACUUUGAUGGAUCAAGAGGCCCGAGCCACCGCGCCCAAGGCCUUGGCUCGUUCCAUUGGCCCGAACUCGGCCCAUUCAAGAACUUGGAGAGCAAGCUCAAGCGGCUAAAGAGAAAUGGAAACUUUCCUCUUCUGCGCGCGCUCAACUUUGCCGACCUAGACCCGCUCUCUACCUAUAUAUACUUGCUUUUAGCCUCUUGUAAUAGAAUCACCAGCCGCAUAACAAGAAACACUUAUUCAAUAAAGUUCGGAGCCACUUAG